AUGAAAGUCACCGUGAAUUGCUGGUUUUGUAAUGAGAAUUGCAAAGUGCCGUUCAAAGAGCAGAACGGUUUCGUUUGUCCCCGAUGUGAGCAGUACAACGGCUUCACCGAGGACGGUGGCUAUAACAAGGAUUUACCUGAACAACGAAUGGAAUAUAUGAAUAAAUAUAUAUCACCCACAAAAAAGGUCUGCUUUCAUCGAUUUUCGGUUGAAACGAUUCAGCGAGAGCAUUUCUAUUUGCUCAUCUUCUCGAAUUGA